CAAUUUUUUACUCCAUUUCCAUUAUUUUGUUUAAUUUUGUAAGCACGAUAGAAAACGAUUUUUUUUUUAUGUGUUGAAUAUUUAUCAUAGUAUAAACUUACAGUGAAAUAUUCUAUUUGCAUUACUUAACUUUUUACUUUUUACUACCAUAUUUUAAUUAAAUAAAAAAAUGUGGGGUAUAGAAUCUACGCAAGAUGAAGGUGGUUUCAACACAACUAUGACACAAAGUCCAGCAGUUGGGUCUGUAGGAGAAUCUAAGCAGAUGACAGUAAUUCCUGUAGCUAUCCGCCAACUAUUAGAAAAUAAUGAUGAAAACAAAAAUGUCCAUGUUGUGGUCGUUGGCAUUAUUAAACAAGUUGAAACACAAACAUUAAAAAAUAUGUUUACAAUUGAAGACAGCACUGGACGAUUAUUGUGUAUUCAAUGGGGUGAUGAAAAUGAGUUAUCUAGGUAUCCCAAAUUGAUUGAAAAUGCUUACUUCAAAGUAGUUGGUAAUAAAAGAAUUCAGAAUGACAAAGUUACCUUACUCUGCCAUAGCGUUGAACCCUUAGAAAGUUUGAAUGAACUUACCCAUCAUUUAUUAAGUAUUAUAGCUUUACCUUACCAAAAUGAAGAACUUAAUAUGACUCAAAUGAAUAAUCCUACUACUAGCAACUUUAUUAAAAAUGAAUUAAAUUUCUCAAUAAAUGGUGAUACCACUAGUGGUGGGUUUGGAGCAACAAGUAACAGUCUAUCUCUUAACCCUAAACAAUUAAAGAUUUACACAGUACUAAAGCAAUGCCCUGAUGAAGCUGGCUAUACAUCAUCCGAUAUUCAGAAAAUACUUCCAGAAAAAAUUCCUUUACCAGAAAUUGAAAAAGUAUUAGCUUUCUUCAUUGAAGAAGGUCAUAUAUUUUCAACAAUUGAUGAAAACCAUUAUAAAGUUACUGAUUUUGGUAAUUAAGAUUUGUUAUAGGAUUUACACAAUAUUUUUUGUUAGCAUUUUACCUAUACAUAAAUUAUAUUUAUUAUAUCCUCUUAAUGUAUUUCUCUAAAACUUAUAUUGUAUUUUAAACUUUGAAAACUAGUAUAAAUUUUGAAUAC